ACUAGUAUAGCAGCUGGUGGAGUGGGUUCCUUUGGCCGGCCACAAAAGAUUUCCCAUUCCUUGGCUCCACGCUCCUGCUCCCUUCCUAGUCUCAGAGGGGGCAACCGAGGUAGGGGCCGGCGGCCGGCACCAGGAACAAGGAGGAGAAAGGACGACGGAUUCUUGUGGCCAUCAUCGCCAAGGCUUCCGCUUAAGCUUUAUUGUGUUGGGCUGGGGCUCAGAACAUCUGUUGCUGGCUGGUUGAUUUCGUAGGGGGGGUGGAGAUGCCGUCGCCGUCGUCCUCGGUCCAGCGCGCGACGAGCGACGCGCUCAUCGGUCCCGACUGGGCGACCAACCUCGAGCUCUGCGACACCCUCAACCGCGAUCCAGGGCAAACGAAGGAUGUUGUCAAGUCUCUCAAGAAGCGCAUUGCCCACAAGAACUCAAAGGUCCAGCUUCUCGCUCUCACGUUGCUGGAGACAAUGAUUAAAAAUUGUGGGGACAUUGUCCAUGUGCAUGUUGCUGAGAGAGGCAUACUUCAUGAAAUGGUGAAGAUAGUAAAGAAAAGGCCGGAUUAUCACGUAAAAGAAAAGAUUCUGACGCUGAUCGACACUUGGCAAGAAGUUUUUGGUGGUGCACGCUCAAAAUAUCCGCAAUACUAUGCAUCAUACCAGGACCUUUUGCGUGCCGGAGCCGUAUUUCCUCAAAGAUCAAAUGGAUCUGUGCCAAUAUUUACUCCUCCACAGACUCAGCCUCUCCAAAACUAUCCUCCUGCUCUACGAAACGCUGACCACGAGGCUCCUGAAUCGUCAGCCCAGGAUUUUCCUGCCACAAGCCUGGCAGAUAUUCAGAAUGCACGGGGUAUCAUGGACGUUCUUUCAGAGAUGUUGAAUGCUGUAGAUCCUAGUAAGAGAGAGGAACUUCGUCAGGAUGUCAUCGUUCACCUUGUGGAUCAGUGCCGUACAUACAAGCAGAGAGUGCUGCAGCUUGUCAACAGCACCUCGGACGAGGAGCUGCUCAGCCAGGGUCUUUGUUUGAAUGAUGAUUUGCAGCGUGUUCUAGGAAAGCACGACGCUAUCGCCGCAGGCAUAGCGGUUCCGGUGGAGAAGCAGAUAUCGCUCCAUUCCGCGCCAGCAAAGACAGAUACCACAAAAGAAGCAGUGCAAAGGUCUUCGGCAACUACUACAAGUGCAAGCAAGCAGCCACCCUCUGAACAAUUGGCGCUUCCCGCGCCGCCGGCACCUCAAUCAUCUAGCAGUGCAAAAGCUGUUGUUCCAGCACCAGCUCCUAGUUUCGACCUCCUUAGUGGAGAUGACUACAUCAAACCCGAACCUGAAAACUCGCUGGCGCUUGUUCCUGUCAGCGAAUACUCAGCUUCAGACCAGAAUGUGUUGGCCCUUGCAGACAUGUUCCAACAAAAUAGUUCUGCUGCCGGCAAUAGAAACUACAACCAGCUUACAAACUCUGUUAUUUCCCCUGCAUCUCGAGCAUACCCUCCUCAGGUGCAGCCUACUCUGCCUCAGCAACCUACAACUUAUUCCAAUGGAGACAUCGUACCUUACGGUCAGCAAUCUCAACUGAACGCCACAAGGUCAUGGAAUGGGCAGCCUGCUUAUGGAGUGGAUUCCCAACGGCAAGCACUAAAUUAUGGUGUAGAGGAUCAGAACCGAGGCCUUCCACCAGCACCCUGGGAAAUUCAGCACUUGACCGGUAACCAACCCCAAUCAACACAAAUUCGUCAAGGAUUCAUGUCAACACAGCAAAUGCCGGGAGGAAUGCGCUGGCCACCGGUGCUCGGCACGCAGCAACCACCACAGGUCGUGCCGAACAUGCAAUACGGGGGCAUGUACCCGAAUUCAAUGCAAAUCAACCAAGGAAUGGGCAUGAACUCCCAACCGAUUGUGGGUGGACAGUUUUAUGGGAUGAACUAUCAACAGUUAUAUGCAGUUCAAAUGGCCGGUUAUGGGUAUGGGCACCAAUCUGGAGGCUACUACAUCCCGAACGCCGCAUAUGCGUAUGCCAGUGCAAAUGAACUUUCUCAGAGAAUGAAUGGAGCAACGCCAUCUGUGGCCUUGAAGCAGCAGAACAAACCAAGCAGACCAGAAGACUCACUCUUUGGUGAUCUCCUUACUAUCGCCAAAAUGAAGCAGAGCAAACCUGCAGCUGGUAAGGUCGGCGUCUUGUAAGAAGAAUGCCUGAGUAGAUGGCUUAUGUACAAUGCCAGAUUACUGGUUGAUGUAAAUUUUAUUUUGUAGGUAGGGAUACAUAUCGGAAAGUAAUGGACCGUGAGAUUUAAGAUUUCUCAAAAAUAAUAAUGUGCUUAUAUAGUACAAUUAUGUAUACCAACUAAUGAAGAAAAUUGGUAUUCUUGGUC